CGCCAUCUUUGAAACGGAUGUCAGUGGUAGGAACGCAUUAGCACUAGCAUGAAAUACAACGGAGACAGGGGGGAUCGAAUAAAAAUGGCCGUCUACCGAAAAUCGAGAAAUACGAAAAACGAACGAGAGUGUAACGAUCGAAUGUGAAUACGAAUCGACGGUUUUUUUACGAAUUAAUCACGGAAUAACGAACGAAAUACGUAACGAAAUGACGAUGUAUACGUUAAAACCGAUUGUUUCCCUGCCACAAACGUUGCAUCAUAGAAAAACGAUGUACGAAAUGCGAAAUAUUCAUGAAGAACGAUCAACAGACGACCAUACGGAAGCCGAGAACAAGAUCGUGCCUGAUAUCACUGAGCAGAGUCCUUUACCAGAGUAUAAUGCAUUAGAAACAAGACAGGAAAAAAUAUUGGUACAACUUGCAGGACUUAAGAAACAGGUUUCAACACUUUCUGAGUUUUUAAAGCAAACAAAUCAAACUAUAGAACUCGAUAAAAGUUCAAAGAGUCAGGAACUAGUUAAUGUGAAGCUUAUCAUUAAUGUGAAUCCAAAAAGACCACCUUAUUUUAUAUCUGCAUUACAAAAAAUGUGGAAGGAUACUGAUAUCAAAGUACAAACUUAUGUUCAUUCAAGUGUUAGUAAAGGAGGAUCUGUUAAUUACCUAUCAACUACAACUUCUUCUAAGAAUAAUAUUAUUGAUCUAUUUCUGAUUUGGAAAAAUGUUGAAGAUAUGGAACUUAUAUCAGGUCUACAUAGUUAUUAUAUAACUGGGGAAACAAAUUUUCUAAGAUAUUUAAGUAGGUUAAUAAAUACUCAUAAUUAUGAAAAUUCUGUUUGUGUAGAAAAAGUAAAUUCUAUUGAUUUAGUAUUAGAUUUAUGUCAUUCUCUAUAUUUUGAAGAAUCAUUAAAGAAAAAGCAAGAAAUAUUGUUAUUAAUAGCUGAUAAGUUAAAUGUAAAUUGGUCAGAUACAAAGGAGCUUGAUAUAGCAGAUAUUGCUGCAUGGUGUACAAUUAAACAACUUUUUCCAAAGAAGUAUCCAUCAAAACUUAAUAAAUGGUUUGAAGCAUGUGAAAAACAUUUUGUAUAA